AUAGAGCAGCUCCACGUUAUGGAGUCUGGGCAGAGAGAUAGCUCCGAGCUCUUAGUGGAUCGACUCUUUCCUUUGCGCAGCUGCACAGGCUACCCCACUUUUGUUCAACUGACUGGCUGGGCUGCAGCAUCAACAAAAGAGUAACGGCCCCUACCUCCUCCAUCCAGGUACAGAGGCAGCUACGCUCUCCUCCAGCUGCUACGGGGUAACUGAAUUAUCUGAGCAAAGGAGCAACGAGAAGGCAAGAUCGGAGGAAACCCAAUGAUAAAGGGAUUUUAGUGAAAAACGGACAAGGGUAGCAGCUACAGCAGUCUUCAGCGCUGCGCAGUGGAAGCGGAGGUUGGUCAUGGUCGGACGGGGACUGUGGACUGCAUGUAAGCCUCGGUUUGGAAAGCGAGGGAGCAGACUUGGCGUUUUGCCUUAUUUGUGCGCCGCGAUAGCGAGCGCAGCCGUGUUGGCACUGCUCUUUUUUGACUUCAUCGACUUAUGGGUCACCUCCAUGGGCAUGAACACGGCGGUGGAGCCGCACGCAGGCAUCAUCCCCCCGCAGAGCGUCCCUCCCACCAGACCCGAGGAGUUCCUGCUCAUGCCCAGUCCACUGGUGUGCCAGCGUGCCAAGCCUUACCUUAUCACCAUGGUAACCUCGGCCCCUGCCAAUCAGCGGGCCCGCCAAGCAAUCAGGGACACCUGGGGAGGGGAGGGGGAUGUAAGGGGCCUGCGAAUCAUGACCCUCUUCAUGGUUGGUGUGGCGUCUGACCCUGGGCUGGCCAAGCUGCUGAUAGAGGAGGCCAGAGAGCGAGGAGACCUGGUUCAGGGGCGUUUUCUGGACACCUACUCCAACCUCACCCUAAAAACCCUGUCCAUGCUGGGCUGGACCCGCCGGUUCUGCCCUCAGGCUCACUUCAUGGCCAAAGUGGAUGAUGAUGUCCUGUUCAAUCCCAGCGCCCUCCUGCACUUCCUGAACAAGAGCCGUAACCCCUACGAACAAGGAGACUUGUACCUUGGCAGGGUGCACCUCCACGUGGCUCCGGACCGUGACCCGGAAAGCAAGCAAUAUCUCCCUGCAGGGGCCUACCCUUCCUCCGUCUUCCCUGACUAUUGCAGUGGUACAGCGUAUGUCCUGUCCCGCUCCGCAUUGCUCAAAAUUUCCCUGGCCGCCUCUGCAUUACCUGCAUUAUCCACACCCCUGCCCCCUGAGGACGUGUUUGUUGGUCUUUGUGCCCGGGCAGCUGGUGUGCUGCCCUCCCACUGCCCACUCUUCUCUGGUGGCCCAGCUGUGCCAUAUGGGCGCUGCUGCUAUCAGGCCAUGGUGUCCAUCCACCGCAUCCCACCCAAGGAGAUGCUGUACUACUGGGCUGACGUCCAUUCACCACAGCCCUGCUCAUGGCUGAGUCUGCGAGCUUCUCUGGGGUUGUGCAAAUUCAGGGCGAUGCUCGGGACAGCUCUGGGGCUGGAGCAAGGGUUGUGAGGGUUAAUAAGAAGGAAAACUGCACUCACUGGGGCUGUGCCUCACUGUGAACAGCACAAGUGCUCUUCCGGCUGUGAAACUACGCUGAGAAAAUGUCAGUGUAUAUUUAUAGAUUUAUUUUUUUAAGCACUUCAAUGUAUUCUUUGCUGAAAAGGAGAGUUAGUAUCCUCCAUUAUUACACUGACACAUAUGUAGAUGUAGGCUGGAACAAACAACAUUGGCAUGCUGAUAGUAUACAGUGAGAAAAUACAGCCGCUUCUAUCAACACACCAAGUCUGACAUCUAUACGCUGCUACUUUCUUGUAUUUAACACCCAUGUCGUCUAUCACCAGGUACUUCAAUUGUAGAGUUUAGUCUAUUAAGAUGCCUGCCACAUGAUGUUGAUGUUCCAAACAAUCUGCGAUAUCAAACUUUAUUUAUCCAGUAGGAAGUAAUUAAAAAAGAAAAAUGUAUUAGUGAACACUUUUUGUGUUCCAACAGAAAAAUAAUCAUUACAGGAUGAACCCAAGUAGUUUCAAUAAUAAUACUAAUACUUCCUUUAUUUAUAUUGCUCCUUUCAAAACAAAGUGCUUUACAGUAAACACAAAUAAUAAAAGUUGAAAGAAAGUCCAAAACAAAUGAUGUAAAACAAGAUAAAAUUAUCCAGUUACUUAGCUAAGAAAAAGCCAUAAAAGUGAGUUUAAAGAAGAUAUUUUAUAAAGGACACUGACUUUGCCAGCCUGAGAUCCCCAGGCAGGGAGUUCCACAGAUAAGGGACCCCGGAUACAAAAGGCCCGGUGACGUGGUGGUAGGGCCCUGCCAGAGUAUCUCAUCAAUCAGGUUUACAGAGUUAGCAGAUCACAGAUAUAGAUAGGAGUCUGACAUUUUAGGGCUUUAAAAAUGUGCAGUAAAAUCUUAAAAUCAAUUCUGAAACUGGCAGGUAUAACCUGUGAAGGACAGCAAGGAUUGGUGUGAUGUAACCGCUUCUCUUAGAACGUGUAAAUGCCUGAUAUGUGUAAUCUGAAUCUUACCUGUGAUUUACUGGCGAGACAGUGAGAUGUACUCGGCCUUAUUUGUGAACAGACAGAAGAGAAAGUUGCUUGGUUAAGCUGUUGCCUCACACAUCACCGAAAAUAUAACCAUAAAACUGAUAAGAUGAUAAACCCACUCAAUUUUAUUAUUUAUGACCUUUCUCUGUAACAGUGACAUUGUUAAUGACAACUUUGGGCUGGUGUGUCUGGCCUGGGUUUGGUCUCAGUACACUGAAAGACAGUUUAAAACGUGUCAGAAGACAGCCUCACAUGGUCCUGCUACACCCGUAAUGGAAUCAAAAGGGACAGUCUGUGUUUACACUAUGGAAAUAAGCUUGAUUUAAAUACAGUCACCAAUAAACCACUCUGUAUGUCCUUGA